AUGACUGUGCACUUGUUCGGAGGUAUUUGGAGCCCAGCAUGUGCAUCAUUCACUCUACAGAAGACACUAUCUAAAACCAUAUUCACGGAUGUAAAAAGGAACUUCUAUGUAGAUGACCUCUUGAUGUCUGUCGAGAAUGAGGCAAUUGCCAUUCACCAGGCAAAGCAGUUGAAGGACAUUUUAGAACUCAAUGGCUUUCACUUAACUAAGUGGAUGUCAAAUUCAAGAGAAGUUAUUACUGCGAUCCCACAGGAGGACAGGAGUCCUCCUGUUAUAGAUAUGUAUCUAACAAAACAAGACCUACCAACUGACAGGGCCUUAGGAAUUCUGUGGAGCCUAGAGAGUGAUACGCUUCAGAUCAGAGUGACUGUACCGAACAAGCCACUCUCAAAAAGGGGUAUGCUAAGUAUUAUGGGGUCAGUAUAUGAUCCACUCGGCUUCCUAGCCCCAUUCACAGUGAGAGCAAAGAUGAUCUACCAAGAGGAAGUGUAUAGUGCAGCCAGCGCAAGGAAAGUGGUACCUGGAUACCUACUGUUUGAGCGGUAUUCUUCGUGGUACAAGCUGCAACGAAUUGUGGCAUGGCUACUCAGGUUCUGUUCAGCAUGUAGAACAAAGUGUUCACACCAGGGCUCAAACCUCAGUGUAACUGAGAUCCAAGCAGCAAGAAUGGUUAUCAUCAAACAAGUGCAAAGAACCUGCUUUGCUGAAGAAUUAGACAUAUUGAAGAGAGGAAAAAAUUUGAAGACAAGUCGCAUUUAUCGUCUGGAACCCCACUUGGAUGACCAGGGCCUCUUACGUGUAGGGGGACGGAGAGUCGAUGAAUAUAUGGACCAGAAUUCUAAAAGGCCCCUGAUCUUACCAAAAGAUCAUCCUGUGACCGCUCUAAUAGUUCAAGACAUUCAUGUUUUCUCUGCCAGACACUCUGGUAGAGAACACACCUUGGCAGAAUUACGUAGAAAAUAUUGGAUAGUGGCGGCAUGCAAAAGGCAUACGGAGAAGCGCUUUGGUUGUGUGUUUACAUGCUUCAGCACCAGGGCUGUCCAUAUUGAACCUUUAAAGUCUCUAGAUGCUAACACAUUCCUUAAUGCACUAAUGUGCUUUAUAGCCCGUAGAGGAACCCCGAUGAAGAUCUAUUCUGAUAGAGGAACAAACUUCUUGAAAGCCGAAAGGGAGCUCCGAGCAACGGUUCAGGCCUGGUCUAGGGACAAAUCCAUCGAUGACACAUGCAAACGAAGGAACAUUGAGUGGGUCUUCCAACCCCCUGCAGCAUCCCACAUGGGAGGCGUGUGGGAACGACAGAUUCGAACCAUACGGAAGAUUCUUUCUUCAAUCAUAGGCACGCAGAGAAUAGAUGAUGAUCGACUACGAGCCCUAUUUUGUGAAGUAGAAGCCACAAUGAACAGCCGCCCUCUCACCGCGAUCCCGGGCGACGUCACAGAACCAGAAGCUUUGACCCCUAACCAUGCCCUGAGAAUGAAUACGGGAGAUGGUAUCCAGGUGCUCACUGAAGGUAAUGCAUCACUUGACCAUAUAUAUCGCCGAGCCUGGAUACACGCACAAGUCCUAGCAGAUAGGUUCUGGAAGAGAUGGAAAGCUGAGUACCUGAACACAUUGAGGAUGAGACAGAGACAGUUGAAGCCAUCUCGAAGUCUUCAGGAUGGAGACCUUGUUCUCAUUGUCGAACAACAUACUCCAAGGAAUCAGUGGAGGCUAGGGAGAAUGGUGGAGGCUAUAGCCGGUGAAGAUGGUCUUGUGAGGAAAGCCAAAGUUCGGACUAGUUCUGGAGUCCUCAUCAGACCCAUUGUGAAGUUAUGCCUCUUGGAAGCAUCAUUAUCCAGAGCGACGGGAUUAUAUGGUUGCUCCACUGUGGAGCAAAAGGGGGGAGUGUAG